UGGGCUCAUGCUACAGCGCUAAAAAGAGCAGUGUAGAAGUGCCCACUCAGGCUGGAGCCCCCACUUUUGGGUUUCAGAGCUCGGGCAUCAGCGCAACUGGGAAUGUCUACACAACUAGCUAUUUUUAGCUCCCAGCUGGCAUCCGCUGACCCAGGUUCUGAGACUUGCUGCCAUGGCUCUUUGUUUGCAGUGUAGAUGUACCCUCAGUGUCCACCCUGUGACUCUGAGUUAAGAGCCACACCAGGUUAGACCUCCCACACUUAGGGAAUGGCUUCUUCCCUCAUUGCCAUAAAACCCCUCUUGUGCUGGUGAAGUGGCUGCUCUUGUUACCUUGGGAGCAGCAGCGCAGAAUUUGCUGUGAAGUCCACUGACCAUCUUUGUGGAUCUGUUCUCUGCAGUAUGUAAGCAUUCAGCAGGUAUGGUCACGCUAGCGAAACCUCAGCUAAGGCUGCCUGCUAUAGCUGCAGUUGGGUAUGCAGUUGCAUAGACUGUAGUCUGGUGUCUCUUAUCACCAGCUUACAGGACCUUUCCUGUGUGAGCUGAGUUCACUUAGCCACACCUCUGGCUGCUCUGGGUGAUGGGAGCAUAUUUGCAUUAUGAAAUUAUCAGCAAAAACACCCUUGUACCCUGUCAGCAACUCCUCAUGUUUACACAGUUGCAGGUAACCUGGUUCCAAUCCCUGUGUAGACAUGACCUCUGAGUCCAAGACUCAUUCUAGGCUGGGUAUCCCUUGGUGAAGCAUGGACUUUGGAAAAACUUCAUUCUCGACAGCUGUUUUAUACAGUAAAUGGUUAUUGUGAAACUUUGACGCACCCAUGUGCAGGAGAGCAAGACUGAGGGAUGAAAUAGCCUGUCAGUGCUUUACCCUGCCCUGGGGAGGAGGAGUCUCCCUAAGGCACUUGCCCUUGGGAGGGUGUGACGCAUGCUGAGCUGACCAGGAAGGAGGAAAGCUUCUAAAGGUUCUGUGCACAAACCUUACCCGGAAGAGGAACAGCUGCAGGGGCCGCUUGGCUUCUGUUUGAACUUCAGAUAAUCCAAGGGGGGGGACGUAUUAAAAUGAAGAGCCCUAGGACUUUUGAGGAGCAAACAGAGUGCAUUGUGGAGGCACUUCUCUCUGAUCUCCUAGGGGAAGACGAAUGGCUUGCUUCCCGCAGUCUGGAGACAGACUCUUUUGCUGAGUCACAUGCAGGUUGUACCCCUUUUUCCUGCUCUCUCUCUGCCGUCUUAGAACGUGCGCUCUCUGCAGGAGCAGAAGCUUCAAGUACCUUUGAUUCGGUUAUUAUUGCCAGUCGUCUGCGGAGACUAGGAGACCAAUAUAACGAGGAUCUGGAGCAGCCUGCCCAGCGCGUCAUUGCUGAGAUGGCUAAGGGAAAGGUGGAGGAAUUUGGAGUCAUGGUGGAUUCUCUCAGCAAGAGUUGGAGCAGCCUGAAUCCUGGGCUGGGCUACGAGAGGGCUUUUCUGGCAGUGUCUGUGAAAUUGUUAGCAUACCUUUCCCGGAAAGUUCCAGCUGUGGCCCGUCGAAUCCAGUUUGUGGAGCUGAUUAAUGGGAACCGUGAAGUGAGAGGAUACAUCGAGACCCGUGGUGGCUGGGAGAACUUUGAAAACUGAUGGAAAAGGCUACACUGCCUCCCAGGGACUGAAAUGGCAGCUUUCAAUGACUUGACUUAAACUAUUAAACUGUUUUCUGAAAAUUGUUUUCCCAGCCAUCAGUCUUUCUACUUCCCUCUGCCCCGAAGAUCGAUCCAGUCAGUAAUUGGGACACCUCAACAUGGAGCUAUUCUUCCACACCAGAUGUGGCUCUCUUGUUCUUGCACUUAUUCAUUUAUUUACAAAUAAUUUGUAGGAUUGAUUUGGUUUCCCUCCAACAUAGGCUGUAAAUGCAACUUCUAAGUGUGAGGACUGACAGCAACACAUUUGUUCUGCUAGCUUUGGUGCUGAACUCCUACCCUGUAACACCGAAGGGAGAGGGAGCCAGAGAUGGCUGCCUAGUAUCGUGUUGGGAAACAGACCAGCCAAGGAAUUGAGUCCGAGCAAGCCAAAAAGGAGGACACUGUGAACAAGAAGAAUGCUAUUUAUAGCAGAGCCCACAGAUGUGAGAACUGGUAACAGUGAACACUCUUGGCCAUCCUACUUCUCUAGCGCUCUAAGAGUUAACAAACUUCUACAAUUAGGGGAAUUGUCUUCUCUAGCUGGCCAUGCUCACUGAAAGCCCAGUCAAACCUCCUCCUGCUACCUCUAGGAGUUGGUAUUAACAGAAAGAGGCACUCACAUAUAGUCCCCCAGGAGCUACUGGUAUAUAUGCUCUGCAGUAAAAUCAGCUACACCAAAUCUGUGUCUUAGCCUGUGCCACAUUACGCUUGGGUUUGCUGGAGUGACUCCAUAAGGAUUCAAGGUUUUACAUGAUCCUGCAGUUUGCAGAGGGCUCGUUGGGAUGCUGCUGUUGAAUCAGUUCAUUAGAUGAGUAGGCCAGUGAAACAAGGCCUACAUACCAUAUAGGACUCUGUGGGAGAGCCAGCUGAACCUGGAAUAUCCCACCCCAAAUCAUCACUGGGGCAGUCAUAGAGAGAUGGUUCCACCCCACCAGCGGUCCCCUCAGAAGCCAGCUGCUGCUACUCAAGGAAUCUGUGGGGAGUUAUUUGGAAUUUCUCUGUAAACCCACUUCCCUCUCCUCCAGACUCAGCUCUGACACCUAUAUGAAAUCAGUGGGUCAGUGAUGUCUGGGCUGAGAGGCAGAUGAGCACAGUGGCCCAACUUAAUGUAUUUUUAAUAAAAUGAGCAA